AUGUUAAUCCAAAUCUUCUACAAUGGAUUAACUCAUGAGUUCCGUAUCUACAUUGAUGCUGCGUCCGGGGGUUCUCUCUUGACAAAGAAUCCAACUAAUGCAAAGGAGUUAGUUGAGAAAAUGGCGGCCAAUGAUAACUAUCAUCCAGGUGGCCAAAACAGUGUGAAAAAAGGAGGUCAUAUUGCACCCAAUUGCCCACAAAGUUCAAAUGAGAUGUCGAUUGAGGAAGUUAAUGCAUUCUACACCUCUAACCCCAAAAGGCCAUAUGACCCCUAUUCAAACACAUACAAUGAAGGUUGGAAGAAUCACCCAAAUUUUUCCUACAAGAAUACCCAGGCUCAACAAAAUCCACCUCCACCACCACCUCGAAACAACAACUACACUGCACCACCUGGUUUCCAACCAAGGCCACCUCUAGUCCAACAAACUAUUCAACCACCUCCUCAAAAGUCCAACCUUGAACUAAUGUUGGAAAACUUUAUCACCACAACCAACAAUUCCAUCCAACAACAAAACAGUUCCAUACAACAGCUACAAGCCCAGAGUAGGUUCAUGGAAAAUCAGAUAAGCCAACUUGCUCACCAAGUUGGUCAAUCCUUAAAGACACCAGGGACCUUUUCGGGUCAGACAGAGCAACCACAGAAAGGGCAUAUGAAUGUUGUUACUUUAAGGAGUGGAAAGCAGUUGGAAGAUCCUCCUACCAAGGAGCCAUCAAAGGCGGUCGUUGAAGAAGAAGGUGAAGGCGAGAAGGUGAUCGAUGGUGCGAAGGUCGAGGAGGAACCAAAGGAAGAAACUCCACAACCUCUUGCUCCAUAUGUGCCUAAGGUUCCUUUUCCACAAAGGUUAGCCCAAGCUAAACUUGAGAAAAAGUGCGGUAAAUUUAUUGAUAUCUUAAAAAAGCUUCAUAUUAAUAUUCCGUUCUUAGAUGCUAUAUCCGAGAUGCCUUCUUAUGCUAAAUUUUUAAAGGAUAUGCUUUCUAACAAGAAAAACCUAGAAGAGAAUGCUACAGUUGCUUUGACUGCAGAGUGUAGUGCUAUUUUGCAUAAUAAUCUCCCUAAGAAAUUAGGUGAUCUAGGUAGCUAUUCAAUUCCAGUGAAGCUUGGAGAUAUUGAAAUUAACAGGGCACUAUGCGAUCUUGGUGCAAGUGUGAGUCUCAUGCCACUGUCCAUCUGUAAGAAGCUGCAAAUGGGUGAACUCAAACCCACACGCAUAUCCUUGCAACUUGCAGACAGGUCAGUAAAGUUUCCUUUGGGUGUACUUGAGGAUGUACCUCUUCGUGUAGGUAAGUUUUUCAUACCUUGUGAUUUUGUUGUGAUGGAAAUGGAGGAAGAUGUAAAUGUUCCGAUUAUUCUUAGUAGACCUUUCUUAGCUACUGCAGGUGCAAUCAUUGACAUGAAAAACGAUAAGAUUACCUUUGAAGUUGGUGAUGAAAAAUUAGAAUACUCACUUAUGAAUGUCAUGGGUACUCCCUCCAUGGGGGAAACUGUUUGUCAGGUUGAUGUGCUUGAUGAGUUGCAGAGUGCGCAGCUUCCUUUGAGAAAACCAGAUGAUGCACUCGAAACAGUGCUAGUAGGGAAGGAUGAUGAUGGAGAUUGGGAAUCAAGGGAGUAUGUCAGGCUACUAGAAGAGGCUCUUUAG